AAAAGCGCUCUUUAAUUGCUCAAAUGACAAUAGAAACGUAAAUCUGCGAAAAACGCAUCUUACUGUCUUUGUGUCAUGCUCACUGUUUCAGAAACCACUGCUUGCUUUGCUUUGCUUUUAUUCUUCUCAUGUCACCAAACCCCCCUUUUCAGUUUGGGAUUUUUUUCUUCUUACUAACAACUGACAGUACUUCAUUGUUUGCCUCUCAAUAUCUAUCCUCCUCCUUUUCUUCUUGAUUGCUUCCAAGUACUCAGUUUUUGGUUUUUUCUUUUCUUUCUAUUAAAGUAUUCAUAAAGUUAGUUGUGGGUUUCCUUUAGAUUUGGUUCGUAUGGGAUGGGCAUGUGGGGGAUGCUUCGACUUCUCUCCUUUCUGCUGAAAAUAUUUGCCAUUGCUUCUUCUUCCCUGCCUCUUGCUUCUUCAGGUCACAGUUUACCCCCCUCUUCGGCUGCAAUUCCUGCUAUAUCUAAUGGAGCACCUUCUGAAACAGUCUCACCUACUACUUCGUCUUCACCAAAUGGAAAAAGUGUGAACCCUCCUCCGUCUGCUUUGCUGCCUUUCCAGACAGACAUUGCACCUCAAACAAUGAGAGGAUCUGCCAUGUCUGUGCAACCAAGUGGUCCUACAACAGUUCCACCUAAUGAUAUCAGUCCUCGACUGAUGACUAGACAAGACAUUGUCCCAUCUCCUCCAAUGAACUCUAAUGGCCUCGUCCAAGUGUCACCACUCAGUGGUCCUCAGAGUAAGCCUCCACGCACCAAUUAUCCUGUGGUGGCACCAGAAUCUCCAGUACAAGAUGGGUUUCCUAUAAAGAAAUCACCACCAAGCGCACCAGCUAUGCAACCAAAUGUGCCACCAAAUCGCCAUGAAAGUGGAACCCCUGACACCCCUCUUCCCAUACCAAUUGCUCCAGCACCUGUGGAGCCAACUGUAAGGGAAUUGCCACCAACUAUGCCACCAGUCGUGAUAGGAUCGGUUCCACCAAGACCUGGUGAAAAGGAAUCACCAGAGAUUUCUCUUCCGAUGCCAGCCCCUAUAGCACCAGUUGAGCCACCAUCAGUAAUUCCACCAAUUAGGCAGCCAGUCGGGAUAGUAUCCUCACCACUACCAACUCCUAAUCAGCAUAGACCACUUGACACCCCCAUAACCGUGCCGAUUGCUCCAGUUGCAGCAACCGCAGAGCCACCUUUAAGGGAACCUCUGAGUCCACCAACUUUGCAGCCAGUUGUGACGGGAUCCCUUUCACCAACUCCGAAUGGAAAUAGAAUACCAUACAAUCCCGCUCCCAUUUCAAUCCCUCCCAUACCUGCUGAGGAACCUUUAAGAAGAUCUCCACCAGCUAUGCCACCAAUUGUGAAAGGGUCUAUACCACCAAGUCCUCGUGACAACAGAACGAAUUACACUCCUCACUCUAUGCUCAUUGCUCCAGUACCAGCUGAGGAACCUUUAAGAAAAUAUUCACCAGCUAUGCCGCCAGUUAUGGAAGGGUCUACACCACCAAGUCCUCGUGAAAACAGAACGGCUAACGCUUCUCGCUCUAUGCCCAUUGCUCCAGGGACAAGUUCAACUGAACACCUCAGAAAACAAAAAAAUACACCGUCCUAUCCCUCAGUUAACCCUGCAGUAUCACCAUCUACUCCAGCUGAUAUGCCUACGCCAAUUGCAUCUCCUCCAAGCAAACUUCUAGCGUACCCUACUCCCGACCAUCAAAGACUUCCAGAAGAACCUCCAUUUAGCUCACCAGUUAAGCAUGAUGCAUCAACUCCUCUACCAAGCAUCAAUGGAGAAAGAGUAGCUGGGCCUAUAGCGGCCCCCCCUUACAGAAUGUCUAAUCAUGACAUGAAUACACAUGCAUCCCCAUCAAAAGCUCCAUCUACACACAAAAUCUCGAGGCACUCUCAGAGGCACCCUCUCGUAAAGGAGAAUGUCACUGCUGCACCGCCAUCACAUUCAGUUCCUCCACCUUCUUCAAUUACACAAGGUCCUUUAAUUGCUCCUAUGACUUCAUUUCACUCAAACUCAGAUCCAAAGUCUACCCUUAGACAUCAUAUUUCUCACCCACCAUUAAGUUCGGGGCCUCUUCCUUCCAAUAAAAUAUCCCCUUCUUGGUCUUCAGCAACGAACCCAAAGAUGUUGUUCCCACAUCCAUUUGUCUUUCCACCCCCACCGCCUAAUGAAGAUUGUUCAUUAUUGAUAUGCAUGGAACCGUUCACUGCUCCUCCACCUAGAUCUUCUUGUGUGUGUGCCUUACCGAUGCAAAUUGAGCUGUCACUUAGUGUAGCAUUAUACACUUUCUUCCCUUUAGUUUCGAAGUUGGCUUAUGAAAUUGCUUCCGGAGUGUCUAUGGAUCCUAGUCAAGUUCGCAUAAUGGGAGCAAAUGCUGCUAAUCAUUAUCCAGAAAAGACUGUUGUCUUCAUCGAUUUGGUACCCCUGGGAGGACAGUUUGAUAACACAACGGCUUUCUUGACAUUUCAGAAUUUCUGGCACAAAAAUGUCUUCAUAAAUGCCUCAUUUUUUGGUGAUUAUGAUGUAUUGUAUGUGCGAUAUCCAGGUCUGCCUCCUUCUCCACCCUCUGCGCCUUCAAAUGUUGGAAUUAUAGGUAGUGACCCAUACUCAGGGGAUAAUGCGAGGAGUAUACAUCCUCUUGGUGUUGAUGUGAGUAGAAAACGACACAGAGGCAGCUCUAAUCGGAGCCUUAUUGGAGUGAUAGUGUUGUCAGCAUGUGCUGCACUUGUAUUGUGCUGUGUUGCUGCGUGGAUGCUACUAUUCAAGCAUAGAGAUAGGGUUUUCCAAUCUGACCCUACCCCUCCAGCUACAGUUCUUUCUCUUCCAAAAUCAACAGGGAAUGCGGCCUCUGUAAUAGGCAGUCGGCCCAACUCUCCUUCGUUAUCCUUCAGUUUAAGCUUUGCAGCUUACACCGGUUCAGCAAAAACAUUCAGUUUGUCCGAAAUGGAGAGAGUAACUGAUAACUUCAACGAAACAAGAGUAGUUGGAGAAGGUGGAUUUGGGCGUGUUUUCAGUGGUGCGCUUCAAGAUGGAACAAAAGUAGCAGUCAAGGUUCUUAAGAGGGAUGACCAUCAGGGAGGUCGUGAGUUCCUGGCAGAAGUUGAGAUGCUUAGUCGGCUACAUCAUAGAAAUGUGGUUCAGUUGAUUGGCAUCUGCCUAGAGGAGCGUGCACGUUGCUUGGUUUAUGAACUUGUUCCAAAUGGCAGUGUCGAGUCUCACCUUCAUGGGGUUGAUAAAGAAAGUGCUCCACUCGAUUGGAAUGCUCGAGUGAAGAUAGCACUUGGUGCUGCUCGAGGGCUGGCAUAUUUGCAUGAAGAUUCCAGUCCACGUGUCAUACACAGAGACUUUAAGUCUAGCAACAUCCUACUAGAACACGACUUUACUCCAAAAGUGUCAGAUUUUGGUCUGGCCCGUGCGGCGUUUGAUGAAGAAAACAGACACGUUUCAACUCGUGUCAUGGGAACCUUUGGGUAUGUUGCUCCUGAGUAUGCAAUGACUGGGCAUCUUUUAGUGAAGAGUGAUGUAUACAGCUAUGGUGUUGUCCUUCUUGAGCUCCUAACAGGAAGAAAGCCGGUGGACAUGUCACUUCCGCCUGGUCAAGAGAAUUUAGUAUCUUGGGCGAGACCCUUCCUCACGACUAAAGAAGGUCUGGAAUUCAUUGUGGACGCUUCAUUGGGACCCGAUUUCCCUGUGCAUAGCAUCACUAAAGUGGCCGCCAUUGCUUCUAUGUGUGUGCAACCCGAGGUAUCCAAUAGACCGUUCAUGGGUGAGGUUGUUCAGGCUUUGAAGUUAGUGUGCAACGAGACGAAAGAUUUGGAAUCUCAAAAUUGUGAUCAAGAAAACUUAGAGGCUAAUGACGUGGAAGAUCAUGGAUCAUUGAAUCAUUUACCUGCUCGCUCCCCUCAAUCUAACUCCGAUUGUGAGGUAGAUCUUGAGCGGGGACAUUCCAUGUCCGAUCUGUUAAGUCCAUCCAUGAGGUAUGAGAUUCACUCUGGAUCGGGUAACCUGAGAACGGGCAGGGCCCGAAGAUUAUGGAGGAAUAUGAGACGAUUAUCUGGUGGAAGUGUGAGUGAACAUGGGUUCAUGUUCAGGUUAUGGCCCGCAUCUAACUGAUUUGACCUUUUUUUGUGGGGGAGGGAAGGGGUACAAAGAGGGAAAAGGCUAUGCAGUUGCAGAAGCUAUUCAUAUCAGCCAUUUUUUCGUGUGUAAAUUAAAAGGACAUGCUAGAUUCUUGAUUUUUGUUGGGCACCACUUCAGAUUUUCCAAUGGAGUCCUUGAGGUGAGAUGAGAUCUUCUAUUCCAAAACGGUAUUCCAUCUGUUAUUCCAAUGGUUAGAUUGUUGUGAUGAAUUAGCUAGCCAGAGUGAAGUGUGAAGUAGAAUAUGUUACUCGUAGAUACGUAGUAUAUAAGUUAUGACAAUUUAAUGGUUAUGAUAUCAGACGGAAUACAGUUUUGGAAUAGAAGCUCCCGUCCAUGUCAUGGUGUUGUAGAUUACGUCAUUUGAAAUGUACAUGAUGGCUUAUAUGCCAACCAGACUUUUUGUAUGUAGUAGAUUAUGGCUAUUCGUUGGAUUACUAGAAGUUCCAUUAAAUGUAACCCUUGCAUAUAGUAAAGCGGUAGAAUUGUAAGUGAG